UUUACGGAUGUAUUAAGCAAAAAGUGACAUCAGACGAAAAUAUUUUACAACCUGCACUCGGGUUCGAUGUGUUGGUACGGGGAAUCACCGCGCAACCACAUCAGGAAUGUUCAUCCGAGGAUCGAUUCACCCACGUUCACCACGAUGGAGAGCAAAAAGCUUCAACAGUUGCAGCAGGCCAACUCUCAUCUGGCCCCAAUUCCGCAGACGAAGCCUCCAACAUUUCAGCAGCAUGGUAACGAUUUUCGAUCUAAUCGUUCACCAGUAUUCCAGAACCACCCGCAGUAUCAGAGUUUCGCUUCGAACUUUGCCCAAAUUAACUAUUCGCACCAAAUACGACCUCAACAACCACAGCAGCUGCAAUCACAGCAGCAGCAGUCGCCACAACAGCAACAGCAGCAACAUCUUAGCGCCCAUAGCAGUCCCAAAUCGAAUAGCAACAGCUUGUACCUUAGCGAAUACUCCAGUUCGAGCCAUGUCGGACAGCCUCAACAUCACCACACGAUCGGCAGUCACUAUCACUUUGACCAAAUCUAUCAAACUAGCUCACCAUCCAGUGGCAGCGGCGAACGGGAUCGUCUCUAUCAGACUGCUCCGAGACCAACCCAACAUACUCAUUCGAAUCCUCAGCCGCUCUCAAAACUAGAACUUCAGUUCCAGCAAUUGCAGAGGGAAAAAAUCCAAGCACAAAUCAAAACCGCAACCGAGGCCCUAGCGCACCAGCAACAAACCUUUGCAUUACGGCAGCAGCUCAACCCUCCGGUACCCAAUUACCACCUAAAGCAAAAUUUGCUUCAAAAUCUCUCCCAGCAACAUCAGCAGCAGAUCCAGCAUCAGCAGCAGCAACUGCAGCUGCAUCAAAACCGCAAUGCACCACCCUCCAGUCUGAAUCUAACGAGCCAUUUCCAGCCAGCCCAAGGUCCGAUGAAGCUGAUAAACCAGAACAUGCACGAUUACGGUGCGACGGCUACGAACCAGCAUCCGAUGAAUGAAACGCUCUAUCAGGCCGCCGGUCAGCAGAAACAACACUUUCACCCGAAGACACCGAACAAUCUGCAAUCGCCAGCCCCCAAUCAGAUUAUUAUCCAGCAAAACAUCCCCGGCCAUGUAGUGAAUCAAGCUUGCCAGACGCAGAUAAGCGGAGUGAAAAAUCAAACGCAAAACCAAAAGUCACCUAAUUCGGAUUCACUUUCUUCCCCCUCGCACGAUGGGCUGGAAAGGCGGAAAAGUGGACCCGUCCACACGUUGAAAUCCCCCGUUACUAAACGACCUGCCAAUGCACCGAUUUCAAUGUCAGGCUGGUUAUACAAGCAGGGCUCCGACGGAUUGAAAGUCUGGCGAAGACGAUGGUUUGUCCUGUCGGAGUAUAUCCUAUACUAUUACAAAAGCCAAGAAGAGGAAAAACUUCUCGGAACAGUUCUACUGCCGUCCUAUAAAAUAUCCGCGUGCUUCCCCGAGGACAAAGUGUACCGGAAGUUUGCUUUCAAAUGUGAGCAUACCAAUAUGCGAACGUUCGUGUUUGCCGCUGAAACUGCAGAAUCAAUGACGGCCUGGGUGCGGUCGCUGACGUUAGCAACAAUGAUGCAGGGUAGCAGCGGAUCAGAAGCUAGCCCGCCCUCGAAUAACGCCCGCAGUGGAGAUAACAGUGAUUCCGGAAUACAAACCUAUCAGUCGCAACAGGCCGGUAAAACUGGAAUUGUUCAAGCACCGGUAACGCCAGUGUCCGAUAACGGCGGUGGCGGAGGAUCGCAACCGCUGUAUGCGAAUGCGCCACCAAAACCCAGAAGAGCGAACGACGGAGGAUACUCAUCGCCUAGUCCAGAACAUUUGCCAGAAAGGUACGAUCAGGAACCUCACCAAUCCAUAUAUGGAAGCCGUGACAUCAAUCAACCUAAACAGCCUACAGACGCGAUGAACAAUCCCAACCUCAUGCAAACACAAUCACCGCUGAUAAAGCGAGGUUUCAACGAUCAGAUAACGUACGAUCCGAAUUACAACGAUGCGAUAUAUGGCAAUGCAAAGCGAAUCGAAAGAGAUUUGUACAUUCAAAAGUUAAUACAACAGCAGCAGCAACAACAACAGCAACUACAUCAGCUUCAACAGCAGCAAAAACAGCAACAGCAACUGGCCAUGCAACAAACUCCUCCACAGCAUCAUCAACAACAACAGCAACCGCAACAGCAGCAACAUCAGCACCAGCAGCAACAGCUGCAACAGCAGCGCCAGUACACCAAUCCGUUCAUGCAUCCGAAUGCAGAUCGAAGAACUCCGGACACAUACGGGCCACCUCGUGCUGCGAUGGACAAACAUAUGUCCGACUACGAAGACAUCUACAACCUAACAGUAUUGUCGAAAUCCUUACCACCCCACAUGACCGACGAGGCAGCGGCUGCCAGCGGCUACAGACGCCCGAUGAGUCCACUCCGGUAUGAAGCACAAAACUCGGCAAUGCCCUUGCGAUACACUCCCAACUAUUUAGAGAACUCACCCGCACAGCAGCAACACGUUCAGAUGCGUGCUCGACCGGUGCAGUCCACUAUUCCCCGGCCCCACUCGGCGGAUUUCCUCGACUACGAAGCACGCAAUCCAAUCAAAGCCAAACUCAAGGAGGAACCAGCUAGAGCACCGAGGCCCAAAUCUAGUCUCGACAUCAACCGAACACCGGACAAUUACUACUACUCGGAAGCAAGCUAUGCGGAGAAAAUGAGAAUGCAAAGUGUCUCCUACCUGCAGCGAACGAACCUGACCGGACUGUCCAACAAGCUGCGAAGUGACGAACCACACGGUGUCAACAAUGCUGGAACAGUCCCUCGUGAUGGAUACUAUGGCAUGCGGUCCGACUACGGUGACGAGCUUCAGCAGGGCUCAGCCAGCGUUCCUCGAACCCAACGAAUGACAAUGAACAACCUGAAAAAGUAUCCCUCGCAGCAGGAACAAUUCCUACGAUCGGCCAGCGCUCGUUUGCCUCGCAAGGAAGAGGACCCAACCGCAAGAGAUGGCGAACGAAAGCGCGAAGAAUCGAUGAAACGAUUGCUAGAGUGGAAGCAGCGAAUGCUGCAGUCUCCACUAACGAGAAAGAUUUCACAACAACAGCAACACCAACUGUCCGGAUCGCCCAGCUCGACCGGAGGAAAUCCUUUCCUAACGAAACCGGUUAACAUCUCCCUGGAAGCGGAAGCAUAUCUUCAUAGUCAAAAUCAACCACCAAUGCCAUCACAACCGACCGGUGACAAUAAAGCGAACUUGGAGUACAACAGCUACUCGUCCGACGACGAAGAUGGAACAGAAAUUACGCCGGCAGGAAGGUCAUCGCCAAAUGUUUCCGCUUCCGCGGGUGCAGUGCUAGAGACUAGCGAAAUUGUACCGGAAGCUGAGGUGCCCAUUCAAAACCCUAAAGAACUCCUCCUUGGCGGCGAUAUGGUUGAUAAUUCGCAGACCUUUUCCUCCUCCGUUAACGAUGAUUCGAAUAUUUACGAAAACAAUUCGAUUGCAGCUGCUUCUGGCAGCAAACCGAUUAAGCUCCUAGCGAGCGGUAAUUUCAAAGAGCGACUGCUGCCGCUAGAACCAGAAUCGAAAUAUGUACCGGUUUACGAUCAUAGUGCAAUUAUUAAAUCCCCAAUUUCGCAAAGUCUUAAGUCCACUGACGACACAGACGACAAGACAGACACUACAAUCUCAGGCACAGACAUUUCUGCCAUAAUAGACGAUGAGAAUGACGAACAAUCUUUCGAAUAUACCGAUCAAGAUUUAGACGAAGCGCUUCAAGCGGAACUCGGCGAAGAUCCACCACCAAGUAACGAAAGCGAUGACUUACAUUUGGUCGACAUCACCAGUGAAAAUCAAUCUUUCUACAUGCCAAUGGCUCCCAAGAAGCCCGUCCUGAAUGUUGAUACAUCAGAAUUAAAAGUCACAGCGAUGGACAUCCUCAACUCGAUACAAAAGUGCACGACCGAUAAAAAUAUUCCGGAUGAAAACACCUACAUCGAGAUGACUAACGGAAUGGGUGGGAAGUGCGUAUUUGGGGAUGAUCUCAAAUCAACCUAUGAAAUGAUAGUAGUCCAAAGCAGUGGUUCCUCGAAAGCCGACCAAGAACCUCUUUAUAUGGAACUGUCUCAACUGACCAGCAACAGUCUAGAGAAGAGAAACAAAUCCGAAAAAAAUCAGGCGACCGAGUCAGCAACCAGCACGUUGAAGAAGAAACAAACUGAACGUGGAACUUUGACUCGAAAGCACAGUAAAUCGAAACGAAACGAUCUGCCCGAUAUUCUUAAAUCGAACAACAGCUAUUUGAAAAGUGACGACAGCUCAGACGCUGACGACGAGUCACCGAAGGAUUCCGAUCAGACCCGAAUAAAGGUAGCCCGUUCCAGGUUCAGCCUCUCGGAUACGUUUCGUCCUGCAUCAUACUAUCUGGGCGCGAGUACAAGCACACCGCUUGGGGAAUGCGUCGAUAGUUCGGACAGUGAAAUCGUCUCCCCUCCACCGAUUCCGACGGCAGCACUACCGCUGGAUGAACACAACAGUGAUGAGAUUUUCCUGUCGGAAAACUUCGAUACCGUCAAGCGACGCGAUAAGGGAUCUAAAUCCAACUCACGCAGCUCUCUGCUGAACAGCUCCGAUCAUCGGCAACCUAGCCAGACCAGCUUGUCCGGUUCGAUCGAAAGCAAAUCUCUAUCCGGAAAGCAUCCCUAUGGAUCGAACCGGUCUAGUUUACAGAGUAACCACCUUUAUGUGGGCUACAAUGCGGAACGAUUUGAUAACGGUUCGAACACAUCCUCGGACUAUGAUCUUUAUCGAAGACUAAAACCCGAUCCUGCGGAUGACGCAAGUCGUAGAACAUCCACCUCGCUGUCGGAAACCGAAUCGGUUGAACUGAGAAGAAGCAGCUCGAAAAUGGAUAUCCACACCAGAAACAAGCGAAGGCCCAUUUCGGAGGAUUCCCUAAACGAAAUACAGAUGCUUGGAACCUUCGGUAUCGAUGAGAGCUUAUCGAACGCUAACUUUGACCAGUAUUUGGGAAAUCUGGAAAGUGUCUACGUUAAUUCGAAGGAAAGCACGCCGCGCAGAAUGGUGUGGUUGGACAACAGUUUAACGAAUCUUUCCAUCGGAGAAGCAUCCUUCAAAAACGGACAUGAUAAUAGCAUUUACUACGAGAACGUUGAGAUACAAGCGCGGGCCGGAUCGAAUAGUGGAAAUCGGACGGAUGACGAUAGGAAAGUCUUUUACGAUUCACUGGAGGAUGUGGCGUCCCACGAAAAGGUUACACUUUCUCCACUGAAAGAGAAAAACCUCUCGAUUCACGAUGCACGCUGCGAAUCUGAGGACCUGAUGGCUGCGGGACGCAGCAACCUCAACAUCGAGAUAGUGGAUUCCGUUACAACCAUGUCCUCGAUGGACCUGGACCAGCGCAGCUCGUGCACCGUUUUCGAUCUAACCCAGACGACCACUCCAGCGCACAGUCGCGGCAAUAGCAACCUGUCCGAUUCGGCGCCCUACUAUUACUCCGACCUACAGAGCAGAGAUUCAUCCGUUUCCGACAUCACCAAGCUAACGGAUUUGAGCAGAAUCAAGUUCCCGCCCAAGUUGAACAAUCAACGAGAUAUCGGAGUCAAAAAGGCGGGCAUUUCACACAUUCACAACCCGAUCAAUCACGUGAAGGCGGCGAACAUUCUCACUGCGGCGGAGAAAGACCACGAAAUAGAUCAACGAAACAUUUAUGAGUCGGAUCGAAUGAUCGACAAAAAUGUGAACAAAAUGCUAGAAGUGUCCCUUUCGAGCAAUAGUAAGAAUUAUUACAGCAAUAAAAUGAUGAAUAAUAAACCCAUCCAGCUGGAAGAGCAACCGGUGAUGCCUUCCACCUCAAUGCUGGCAUCAAUAUUGAAGUCUAGCAACAGUGCGAGUAGCAGCCAGGUUCUGGCGGCGAUCAGCAAUCAAGCCGCUUCUUCCAAAAGUAGUUUGAAUAUAUCCACCGAAAUGUCGGCGAGUGGCGAUCAACUGUGGGAGGAAGACAGCUUGUGGCGGGACAAUCUUCGCAGGGCAUCGCACAUGCAUGCCAAAUCUAUGGAAAGUUUGGAUCACUUGGGUUCGGCUUCGUCGAUGCAGUCCAAACUGUCAACACUAAACCGAAAGCACGCUCGACAGGCCGGAAAGGCAAUUACGCGUGACGUGACGUACGUAAACGAUGACCUACUGACCAAGACACAGCUUCUCAAGAAGCAGCACAAAUCACAAAGUUCCAGUGACGAUAACGAUGUCUACGUACAAUUAGCCAACAAUAUGAACCGGACAGAUUCGACUUCUUCCGAUACCACGUCCGACGUUUAUGAGGUGCUUCGGGACGAGACAAAGUACGAUAUCGAUAGGGAAAAUAUUCGCCAGUGGGAUUUAAUGUCCAGUGGCUUAGUUAACAGUACUAACAAAACGCUAGAAGCAGAUGAUAGAGAAUCGCACCGUAUUCAAACGGUCAAGGAGAGAAGUAGUAGCCGGGAAAGUACCUUGAAGAGAAAGAAGGGCGGUUCUUUAGGGUUAGAUGGGCCACUUCCGAGUGCGAAAGGUACACCUAAGACGGGCACGCUAGUUGGUACCGGUAGUAGUAUUGACCCUACCAGUCCCGCCACGGUCGAUAGCAAUGAUUAUACGCCAAGUCCCGGGUCCAGCCAUGUCUUUGCGACGUCGUCCCCGUCGUCAUCGUCGUCGGAUGCACAUGUUCACAAAAAGCACAGUAACACCACCACACACUCUUCUAUUUCAGUCCGCAACGUGAAAAACAUGAACAAGAUGCCCCUGACGGUGAAACCGGAUCCAUCCGAUUACCGAGUGAACCCGCAGCAGAUGCACGGGUAUUACGAUGCUUCGCAGACGGAGUACUACUACCAGGCUGAGCAGGAGCGUUACAUCCGCCCGGAUAUCAGUUUCGAAUCGACGCACGAUCUGUACACCCAGGCACAGCUGCAGCGUGCCCAGGAGAUGAACCUACAGCAGCACUAUCAACUGCAGGACAUCGAUCGUAGCCUAGCGGCAAUGAGUCACGAGUCACCCGAGGAAAAAUGGCCCGCAGCGAAUCAGCAUCUGUUCGCGGGUCGUGGGCCGCAGACUCCCAGCCAAGACAAGACGGAACUAAGAACCUUGGAAAUGUCCGCCGGAGACUUACUGAAUCGAACUCACGAAGAGCUAGUGUUGCUGUUGAUACAAUUACGACGCCAGAACAGCAAUACGGCACGCUCAAUCGAGCAGUGUUGCACAAAUAUACACGAUAUUCAGAACUCGAUACGUAUAUCUGAUGGACCCACAAGGGCCGAAAAUCUAGCCCGACUAGAAGCACUGAAGAAGCAGUUGACCGAGCUGGAGAAGCAGUACGAGAAGGAGAAACCGUUGAUCAACCUGGUGGAUAAUAUGGUGAAAUUGGGAACGUUGUAUCGAGGAGCGCCCGGUAAAAAGAAGGUCCAUUCAUCGGAAUCGGCUACACUUGAUCGUUUGGAGUUUAACCAGCGGGUUCAGGAGAGACGUUUGCUGCAGGAAGAACAACGCCAGUGGGAUCGACUCAGUCCGAAUCAUGUCGAAUUGCAGUCUAAGGUGCAACAGUUGUAUCAGAUCGAUCGUUUGCUCCAGGAGGAAUCCGGAACGCUGCAAAGCCUGCAAAGGGACAAGGAAGAUCUGGAACGAGCUCUGGGAGGGUUAAAGGCUAGAAUAAUGAACGCUGAUGCUCCUGCCGUAGCAGUGGAAGCUGCCCGACAGCAGCAGCACACUUUGGAACGGGAACUUUCUAGAGUACACCUUAUGUUGGCAGAGAACUCGAAGAAAUUGGAGAAAACAGUAGCGGACAAUGCCCGGCUAGAACAGGAGCUUCUAGUUCUGCGACAAAAACUGCAGGCAUCGCGUGACACGCGAGGAUCCCAAGGUACGCUGGCUGCUGGCCAGGAUGGACAGUACGUUGGAACGGCAACUGCAGUUCUAGAAUCUGAGCUACGUCGAGUUCAACGAUUGGUCGGAGAUAUGCAGCGUCAACGGCAAGAGCUAAGCCAAGCGGUCCGUCAACUGACAGACAAUUCGGACAACUUGUACAGUCAGAUCAACAAGAACGGAGACAACCGAUCGCAUAUCAAGAAACGGUCGCAUAGCACUUCGUGGGUCGAAACUGACUUGGACUCUUUGGUAAGCAAAGACCAUGGCAGGAAUGAAAGCAACUCCUCGUUAAAUCUCUCUGAUAAGCCCAGCUCGAUGAGUAGCAGAAAUGAUCACGAACGCUCGGAAAGCUUCGAAUCUUACAGCGUAGAUAGUGACGAUCUAUUGGAAGAUUCAGUUGGCGGUCCGUUCGGGUUUCAGGAUAAGCAGGAAAUAAAGACUGUCAGGAUCGUGAAACGAGAAUCAGAACGUAGGCACCGGGAUCGGGAAAAAGACCGAGGCAAUGUAUCGACGCACAGCCUAGACCAGGUGCUCGAAGAGGAAGCUCAGAUAUUCGAAGAUUACACCAACUACCAUCGUUCGAAAUCAUUGCCUAGAGGUUACGAAACGCACGAGGCCUUCGUUCAGAACCAGGAUGCUCAAACGUAUGCUAACAAUUUGAAGGAUUACUACAGUGUGACCGCAAACGGCAACAACAGUUACCCAGUGUCAAUGAUCGACCGGAAAGCUGAUUUAUAUUCCGGCUGUGAUCGUCAGGUAAAGCCACCAACGCUGAAAGCCGGCAACUUCCAGAGCAACAGUUCACUGGAACCGGGCACGCAAAUGUCCGGUCUGCGGAACAAAACGGAAUCCGUGCAGAGCUUGACCAUAUCGGAGCAGAGUCCGGUUUUCCAGAGUGAAGCCGCCAAACAGAUAAUACACGAAAUGGUUGGCAACGGAACGGAGAAAUCACAACCGGCAGCCAGCAAUGGCGAACAACGGCCGAAGCAAAAACCGGAACAUUUGGCCCAACAGAACAAACAUCGUCGCUCGGUGCCGAAGGAGAAGCGGCGCCAUCACACGGCACCGCACCAUGUUACCGCAAAGCAGAUCGAAAUUAUGCAGAGUGAGAACGAUAUGAACAAGAAUAAUAUCAACUGGCGUGCACGGGACGACGUGGACCUGGAAGUGACCCUGCGGCCACGAUCCAAUGCACCGGACGUCGUACGUUCGGCUAUGGGUCCGAGGGAGAAAAUUUCCGAGCACACCAUCGACAAGCUGCUGGCGGCACCAAGUAAAAUUCUAAUACCCGAACGGUACGUUCCCGAACAGGCACCGGAGCUGUCGCCGGAGGAAAAACGUCGCCGCCAGGAGAAGGUGGAAGCAAUCAAGAAGAUGCUCUCCGAGACACCGAUUGCGGGAAAUGACACUUCGCCGAACCAACCGGCCAACGCAGAGAAACGACAACGAGAACACCUGCUGCAGCUGAAUCAAAUUCUGGCCCAGCAAGUUAUGCAGAUGAGCAAAAUAGUGGCCGGUAUCACUCAUAACAAUCAAACAAAUCAAAUAUUUUCAACGCUUGCCCAAUUCAACACUGAAACUAUGUACCAACAACAAACAUCUGCCCAAACGAAAAAAGACGAUAAUCCCAUGGACCAGAACACAGAAAACUCCAUGGCAGUGCUGCCAUCCAGCAUAAGCAAGCUGAAGAAAACACGAGGCUUGCUGAGAGGCCGCAAAACUAGCGGCUCGACCGAGCAGGAAGAUGAGGAUGCAAACUAUCGCAGUGAGGUAGAGGACGACGAUGACACCGAAUCGCCACCAGAGCCGCUGCCCCUGUAUCAACAACGUGAGAACUAUUUCACCUGAACGAAACCAGAAGGAUUUCACCGCUUUCCCGCGAUGUACAAGUAAUCUCAUUUUAAAAGCAGAGUUCUAGUUCUUGUUAUAGCAUGCUUUUGAAACAUAGCUCGCAGUGAGGAGUGGAACAAUUGAAUUGAUUUAUCCGUCCAUCAUCGGUUGGUAACACUGCUAAUAUUCGAAUUACCCACGAUACGGGAGCUGCCAGAACUAAAGGGUUAAAAAAAUCUCCAGGGAAGCAUUUGAUUACCGGUAAUACAAACCCAUACUCACGCAUAUCAGUCGAAACCAAGAGAAAUACUGUAGAACAGAUAUUUAGUUGCCGUACGUUAGGAUUCUCGUCACGCUCGAUUGUUGUUUUUAUUUUUAUUUUUACUUUGUUCGCUAAACAGGAUACGAAGCAGUACUGCGAAAAGUACAAGCUGUAUUUAUUUUAAGUUUACCAAGAACCAGUGCAAAAUUGAAACUUAUAUGUUAAAGAAACUAACAAAAAAGGGAGUAAUUGAUUAAUCGCUAUAAAGCGAGCGAUUAGCGCAGUAGUUUGACGUGCUACGACAAACAAUCAAUAAGAAAGCGUCAAUUAUAUUGAACUCAUCAAAAAAGAAUUGAACCAAUACGAAACAUAUUUGAAUGAAAUUACGUACUAAGCAUAGCUAAUCUGUCACAAAAAAUACAGUAGAGUAACGGUAUGUUACAAUAACCAGUAAAUGAUAUAAUCAAUGACUAUAUUUAGUGGGUUUAUCAUUAUGCAUAAAUAAACGUGCGAUUAGCUUUAAAGAAGAAAAAAAUAUCCUCAAACGAAAUUGUCUCGGCAGUAUUCAUUUGAGGUUAUCCACCAACACCUUGUAAUUGGUAACGCACGUCAAUAAAAUAACAAACAAACAAAAAAAUCAUGUUUAAUUAUUUGUCAAUUUGAAGCAAUUAAAACGCUAAAAUGUACAAUUUGCUCAAUUCGAAUAGAACGAACAAUUACAAACAGUAUAAACAAAUUAGUAACCUAAUCGCAUUUAUCAAAAAUGUUCGACUACCCAGGCAGUAUUGAGUUUGUCAUCCCUUUACCAAUCAGCGUGUGAUCUAGCUUAAUGCAAAGAAGAAAAGAGAAAACAAACAAAAAAUACUGUUCCCAAACAUCACCGCUCACGACUGUAGGUUAUAGAGAAAAAUAUUAUCUUAAUGUUAGAUAAAGAUAAAAAAGAAAAAAAAACUAAAACAGGGCCUAACUUUGUCGCAUCCGCGAGCGCAAUUUGCUAUUUCUACGAUUUUGGUGAAUCCGCUGAUAGUGUGUACCACGAGUUUGCAUUUACAGGGUUCCGCGUUUUUAUUUUCUAUGAACUUUUGAUAGCGAACUAUUAUACUUGGUAGGAAAGUCAAACCUUGAAUCUGUCGAGCAGAGCAAUCGCUUUUAUAUCUGUAUCAUUAUCAUCACCAGCUACCACGGGACUGGCUUCAAGCGCUGUUACGUUGUGAAGACAAUGAUCGAAAUCCAUGCAUAUCAUAAAAUCUCCAAAAUCCCUUCCCAACAUCGAUCGAUUAGAACUUUGCCUUGGUUUAGCUCCCCCCUCCGGGAUAGCACUAUGCAACGUUCGAAAAAAAGCUUUUUCUUUCGUUACUUCGAUUCAGUAAGCCAUACGCGCGGGAAAACCUACCGACAACCGAGAGGAAAAGUAGUACAAGAACGUCCAUCGUGCGUGACCGCGUAAUUUUUCUUCUCCAAAAUUUGAAGAAAAAAAAAGAUAAAACGAUUUGCCAUACUACAUACUAUGAGUGUACUGUAACAAAAAUCAGUUGUACGAGAAAGAGUUAUUUUUAGCUAUUGUUUUAGGUGCUAUAAUUUGAAUCUUUUUUUAUUCGUUUUUUAAUUUUAUAACCAGUCGAUGCACUAGACACGAACAGAAAGAGAGUAUAAAAACUAAAAAAUAAAAUCAUUCCGAGAUUCGUUAUGCGGAAAUUGUCGUUGAAUAAUGUUAAUGAAACCUUUAAAUAUAGUAUUAACCUUAAAAUAUUGUUAAAGGAAAGUAAGCAUUAUCCAAAUAAAUUGUUGCAUAAUAAAACAAACAAGCAGCAGAGGAAAUCGGAAACCUCGUCCUAGUAUAAUUUAAAUUCAACCAAAUAAGCAAAUUAAUGAUCAGCUUGCAAUGUUCUAAUUAAAGGCUUAAUCACGAGAUAUGGGAAGUGAAAAGAAACAACAAAAGAAACGCAAGCCCAAGCACAGAACGGAACCGCAUUUAUAGCAGAACAUUUUGAAACAGACAGCAUACCAUAGCGAAGAAAAGCCUGCAUCAUGCAUAAAUACCUACAUACCUACUUAACCUACCACAGCAAAAAAAAACCAACAGCGCGCGCGUUUCUGAGCGCAAAUGUUUCAAUGCGUACAAUCUAUCAGAUAAUAAACAGUGAAAUAAAUAUGAAGAAAUAAACUAUUGCACCUCUGGCAUCGUUC